CGACGAGUUUUGCGUCAUAUCCACCGAGGAAGUUGACGCGGAGAGGCGUGUGAUCUCUCGUGCAGGUCAGACCUCCGCGUGCGGCCGUCAGGAUGCUGAAGGUGCUGCAGGUGUGCGUCCGCCGCCAGCUGUGGAGGAACGUGUGUUCCUCCGCCGCAGGAGCGGGGCCGCAGAGGGGCUCAGAGGCCGCGGGAGGUCGCGAUCUGAACCGGGCCGGGGUGCGGACGUACACCGUAGACCCGAACCUGGAGGAGCAGUUCGUGUUCGUGGACUGUACAGAUCCAGAUGAGGACUCCAGUCAGAAGGAGAAAGAACUCCUCCAUCAGCUGAGCACCAUCUCCUCCUCCUCCUCUCCUACUUCUCAUGGGUCUUUGACUGAUGCUCAGGUGUGCCCUCAGAAACACCUGAGGUCUCUGGAGCGUCAGCUGCAGGUGUUGAGGAGUGGUGUCCUGAAGGAAUCGGAGGUACAGCCAGACUCCCAGAUCCAGUUCCAUGAUGUGGACUUCCCGUUGGAUGAGAGCAUCAUGGCUGCAAAGAAGAAAAAGAAGAAGGCAGCAGGGAAAGGUGAACACAAGAUCUUCGGCACCCCCGACGUGGACGAGCCGGUCAGCGACACGUGCUGCUCGGGCUGCGGCGCCGUGCUGCACUGCUCCGCCACGGCUGUCCCCGGGUACCUGCCCAGCGAGAAGUACAAGGUGCUGGUGCAGGAAGGGCGCCUGAGCGGCGCCACCUGCCAGCGCUGCCACCUCCUCACCCACCACCACAAGGCCCUGAACCUGCAGCUGUCCAAAGACCAGUACCGGGACGUGGUGCACCAAAUCCGACCCCACAAGGCUCUGGUGCUGCUCAUCAUCGACCUGCUGGACCUGCCGGACUCCAUCGUCCCCGACCUGCCCGAGCUAGUGGGGAGCAACAAGCACAUCGUCGUCCUGGGCAACAAGAUCGACCUGCUGCCCAGAGACUCGCCGAACUACCUGCAGCGAAUCAAGCGGCAGGUCUCUCAGUACUGCAAGGACGCCGGCCUCGGCGCUCAGGUGACCGACGUCCACCUGAUCAGUGCUAAGACUGGGUACGGCAUAGAGGAGCUGAUCUCCAGCCUGCAGCGGUCCUGGAAGUAUAAAGGUGACGUGUACCUGGUGGGCAGCGCCAACGCCGGGAAGUCGACGCUCUUCAACAUGCUGCUGGAGUCCGACUACUGCAAAUCCAGAGCCUCCGACGUCAUCCACAAGGCCACCAUCUCACCGUGGCCCGGGACGACUCUGAACCUGCUGAAGUUCCCCAUCAUAAACCCGACUCCGUACAGGAUGUUCAGGCGUCAGGAGCGACUGAUGGAGGCGUCGCAGCAGACGGAGAGCGAGCUGUCGCCGGACGAGCUCAAAAGGCUGCAGCACUUCAGCAGGCAGGGGUACUUAGUGGGUCGUGUUGGCAGAACGUUCCGGGCUAAAGAAUCCAGACCGAAUGAGAUCCAGUUUGAUCCUGAUAGUUUGGCGUUUGGAGAAGACGAAGACGGAGAGAUGACAGCGACAGCUGCCACCAGCUCAGCCGAGGAGCUGAGCCACAACGAGCUGAAAGACGCCCACUGGCUGUACGACACGCCGGGAAUCAUGAAGGAGCUCGAUAUCCUGAACCUGCUGAAUGAACAGGAAGUGAGGUUGGUAGUUCCCACUCAGGCCAUCGUCCCGCGGACCUUUGUUCUGAAGCCCGGCAUGAGUCUGUUUGUGGGAGCUGUGGCCAGGAUCGACUUCCUGCAGGGAGAGAAGUCCUGCUGGUUUUCCGUCGUGGCCUCUGGCCGAGUACCGGUUCACAUCACCAGCCUGGAAAAAGCUGAUGGCAUCUAUGAAAAACACGCUGGACACGUGCUGCUGGGGGUGCCUGUCGGAGGCUCGGAGCGUAUGAAGGAGUUUCCCGCGUUGGUCCCUCAGGAGUUCAGGCUACAGGGUCGAGGUUACCUGGAGGCUGCUGCUGACAUCAAACUGUCAUCUGCAGGCUGGGUGGCUGUGACGGCGGUGGAAGGGGAUCAGCUGCUGUUGAGAGUUCACGGCCCGCAGGCUGCAGGCUUCGGUUUGAGGACGCCGCCGCUGCUUCCUCACAUCGUCUCUCUGAAAAGUGAACGUAUCCGGAAAUCCGCCGCCUACAAACCGAUGAAAGCCGCGGGGCUGCUGGACAGCGGACUGUUGGCCGCAGGCGCCGAAAGGCUGCAGGUGAAGAAGAAGAAGAAGAAAAAGUGAGCUACGACUAGAGGAGGUGAAGGAGGAGCUGCUGUCUAUCCAUCCUGACUCAGCAGGUGGUUGUAGCCCCACCUCUAAAAAAAAAAAAAAAACUGGAUCACUUCAGCCUUGGUGGAGGAUGUGUUGGUUAUAUAAAUAUGCAUCUACUGUUCCAGCUGUUAUCAUAGAUGUUUAUGCAGCUGGAUCUGACUCCAGCCAUCAAACACUGAUUCUUACAUCCUUAAAUGUUCUGACACUGACGGUCUUCAUCGUUUUAGACUCUGUACACCGCCACAAUAAUAUGAAGCAAAACUAUCAAAAUAAAAUUAAAGCCCACACUCUCAAGCUUUAAUUUGAAAAUAAUUAAUUACUUGUGGAGGAAUUACAAACAUUUGUAUCCACAGUCGCUUAUUUUCAUAUGUAAUCAGUUAAAAAUACCUAUUUUUUUUGUAAGCCUUUAUGGAAAAUCCUUCGCAGACUGACCUCUGACCUCAGACUUCCGGUCUGAGCUUCGGCUCCUGAGCCAUUCCAAGCCUUCUCCAUCCUUUCUGUCCUCCAUAAUUCAGCUGCAGGUGGCUCUCGGUGUUCUGCAGCACCUUGUGCUGAACCCUCUGGAUCUGUGACAUCUUCUUCCUGUAGACGUGGUUAAUGAGGUGUUGACCUCCUGGACAGGAAGGGAGCCCGUGUUCGUGUCCCACGGGGAUCGUCCCGGCCUCUUUAGCCCAGGCUCCUCUGGUUAGUUUAUUUUACGUUUAAGAUUAUUUUACUUCUCUUUGAUGUUAAAU